AUGGGCAACACCUCCAGGAAGGAAGAGGGAGAAGAAGAAGGGGAGGGGGCAAAGGAUGGCGAGGAGUCCGAAAUCCCAGAGAAUAAGAAAGAAGAGGUGGAGGAAGAGCUUCCAAUAGGGGUGGAGGACUUGUUCGAGAGUGGAGAUCCCGUGCUGGACUUGAGCUACCGUAAAUUUAAGCGGUUGCCAUCACGUGUUAUUGAACUGAUGCAUCUGGAGAAGCUGUAUGUUUGUGGAAAUCGCCUGCGCACUCUACCGGACGGCAUCUCCCAGCUGCAAGGUCUGCGAGUCCUCGCCCUCGACUUCAACAAGAUGGAGGACGUUCCACCCGCAGUCUGCCAGCUCACUAGCCUCACUCGCCUCUACCUGGGCAGCAACAGGCUCAUGAGCCUCCCGCCCGAACUAAGGAACCUACAGAGUCUGCGCUGCCUUUGGGUUGAGAGCAACUACUUUCAUAUAUUUCCGCAGGAGCUCUACGACCUCCCCAACCUCAAGUCCCUUCAGAUUGGGGACAACCGUCUAAAGGCGCUGCCUUCUGACCUCUGCCGUAUGGAGGCUUUGAGGGGAUUAUGGCUUUACGGGAACCGCUUUGAUACCUUCCCAAAAGUCCUGCUGCGCAUGGAGCAUUUGGAGAUUUUAGAUCUGGACCGCAACAAGAUAACAGAGUUUCCCAGCCUGAAGCGUCUCCACAACCUGCACCUCUUCUCCUACGAUCACAACCCAGUCGACAGCCCUCCUAGAGUGAAUGAGGACGUGAUUGUGGUUGGGGAAGGCGCUGCGGAGUUCUUGGAGAUCCGUGAGGCCAGGAACGAGAGACUACGAAAGGCUGCAGAGGAAGAGGCCGAAGAGUUGGCUCUGGCAGGACACGAGCCCGUGAUUCACGGCAUCCUGAAGAACAGCAGCUCCAACUCAAAACAAGUUGUGGUGACUUUGGGGGAUGCAGACAUUAAUGAGGAAGAGCCCCUGACAAAUGAGGACGAAGAGGGGGAGCUGCCCGUCACUGAGUAUGACGCAGGUGAGCUUGAAUACGACGAGCAGGGGGUUGAAUAUGAGACGGAGGAACUGAUAUGUGAGGGAGAGGGGUUUGAAUAUGAGGGCGACGAGCUGGAGUACGAGAGGGCUCAGAUGGACUAUGAGUAUGAGGAGCUGGAGGACACGGGGAGGCAAGAUGAAGGGGCAUGA